CAUUUUUUCUCUCCUUCUCCCAUUUUCGUUUAAAAUCCCAUAACAGAAAUUCCUCCUUUCUCUCUCUUCUCCCCCGUUAGUAGGAUCCUCUCCUCUCUGAAUCUUUCAAACCCUCGACUAUUCUUCAGAUUUCGCCGCCGUCAUCUUCGCCUUCCCCGGGCUUCUUAUUCUCCCCCUCUGCGCACUCUGUUCUCCGGGCCUGGAUUGCUGAUUCCCGGCAACUCCAAUCUCCGCCGUUGCAGCCUCUUCUGUUUUUGAUUGUUGUACGAUUUCUGCUUGAGGUUUUGUACGUCGAUAGCUUCGGGAGGCCUAUUUUGUGGGAGGAGGGAUUGGAGUUUUGAUUUUAUUGCUUUAUUCUUUCUCCCACAGGAGUGCUUUGGAUUGGACUCGAUUGGAUUUGAUUUGAUUUUGGUUUCGAUUUUGAUUUUUAGGGUUUUUUUUUUUGUAUAGGGAGAAGGUUUGAGGGAUUUUUCUUGUUUUUUCUUGAUUCUUUCAAUGAUGGCGGUAUUUGGAGUUCGUAGUGAGGAAUUUCUCUCUUUCGAUUUGUGAUUUUGCUCGGCGGUUUUCUAUCGAGCCAAAGCACAGGCGGAAAAUAGAGAGGAGGUUCCGAUCAACAUCACUGAGUUCUAUCGUUGAGCCUCGCGGAAGAAACGUAAUGUCGAAUGCGGUUAUGUUCCGUCCGACAUUGUCGAACCCUCGACAAACUCUGAUACCGAGCAAAUCCGUCUCUAGCACUGUUCGGUUCGCAGAGGUAGCCGGUGGUACGACCGCAGAGUGUGCCGCUGUGUUCUGUUGUUGUCCUUGUAUCGCCGUUAACUUCCUCGUCCUCGCCAUUUACAAGCUUCCGGCUGGCCUCUGCCGCCGCGCUCUGAGGACAAAGCACCGACAGAACGUGAAGAAGAAAAAAGGAAUUCAUCCGGCGAGGCUGGGCCGAUUCCCUGGCGGAAUUCUCGACGAUGCGGAUGUUCAGGUUAUUACGAUGGAAAAAACGGUGUACUCAGAGGAGGCGGAGAGGAAAGUAGUGGAACUUGAAAAGGAGAUGUGGGAGGUUUUUUACAAUACUGGAUUCUGGAGAAGCCCUUCACAGAGAGAUCAAAUUUCAAGCUCUAAUUGAGAAACGAUUCCUCUCCGUUUUCUUCCCUAAUUCCUUUGCAAAAUUUCCUAAAACAUGAAUGAAAAGGGAAAUUUCUCCCUCUUCA